AUGGAUAACAUUUUGCGAACGCUCGAGAAGAAUGCGAGGGAACGUGAGGGGGAAGAGAUACAAAGGAGAAGAGUCGAGUUGGCUGAAAAGUUGGAGCCAUAUAUUCGAGGAUAUUUGACGAGGAAGAAAUAUAAAGGAAAAAUUAAAUUAUUUCGACCAAACUUCUUCAAUGACUUUGAUAGCCUAGAAAAGAACAACAAAACUCUUCUAACCGUCACAGAGAUGCUCUCAAAGACACCAAAAGUCAUAGAGACAGCAAAAGCACAACACGAUAUAAAGCUCCUCUGCAAUAUCUGUCGCCAUAUAAUUAUAUCAAUCGAUUCCACAUCGAAAGAUGUCAGUUUUGUUGCUGCUUUUCUGAACAAAGACACUAUCAAAGACGCUACCUCAUUGAUCACUUCGAUUUUCACCCAAAUUCCCUCGGUUCUGAAUUCCUUGAACCCUGAAAAAGCGGCAGAUGUGAAGCAUUGGCAAUGUCUCAUCCAUUUUGUAAUUGUGUUCUCAUCGAGUUCAACAUGGCCAUUGAUUCGAAACGCUUCUCAAGUUCAUCCGGUUCUCAAUGGGUUAUGCUCAAAAAUGAUGAGUGUAUUUUACGAGCACAGAAACUAUGAACAGUUUGUGAGCUCUCUAUUCGUUGCUGUAAAUGGACAUAAACCUCCUGUCAAUGUGGAAACGGUAAAUGCUCAAUUCUCGAUUCUCUACAAGCCAAUCAAAGCAAACAAUAUUGAUCCACCACCUGAAAUAUUUUCAAUUUUCGUUCUGAAGGCGUUGACAUGUCCGGCUCUUCUGCUUCACUUAAAUCAACAAAAUAUUGAACAAAUCAAAACAACACAAUGUUUCGAAAAAACGCUCACCUGGCUGAGAACAAAUCAGGAAGAAAUCGAGAGUAAAAUGGAUGUGAGACUUCUAAUCAACAUGUUGGCCAACAUAGUUCACUUUGCUUUUAUUGAUGAGCAGACCCUCCAAACAAAGGUUUACGAAUGGACUUGGGCAGUCGGAACUAUGCUAUCGAGAUGUACUGAACUCACAGUCAAACAUGGAGAUUCGAAAAGCAGCCUACAGUACUGGCAUCCAGUAUUUGGUCAUUACCUUCUUCCAAUCGACAAACGAACCGAGGGUGCUCUCAAAAACGUCCUUUAUCAGCUCAAAAUGCUCUGGAGCUCGCGAGUCGUCAAGUGUCUAUUCCGGAAAAUAAUAGAGAACAAAUCACUUUCACCAUGCUCAACGCCUUCUGAUAAUCAGUCGGCCUCGAAAAAUCAGAAAGAUAUCAGUGCCGCGUUUAGUAAACUUUGGAGAAAACUCGGUGGCACUAUCGACUCGGUAACCUCAUCGAAAUCCGACAGUGAACCACCACCGAACCUUAUUGCUAUAGUGUGUCAAGUAUACAUGACUGCGUUGAGUACAAUGGUCCAUAUGAAAGGAGAAAUUGUAUCCGGAUUGUGUAGAGACGACCAGCUAUUGAAACAGUUGUGGUCAUAUUUGAGAGAAUGGGGUGAAAAGUAUGGAAGUUCCAGUGGAUAUUUGUUCAGCUCCUCUAAUGCUGAGCAAUGGGGGCCCGUGGCAGCUUCUCUUCAAUCUCUGAAAAGACCCAACUCCCCACAUACCGCCACACUUCGUCUAUUUGUGGAUGCUGCAUCUGCAAUCGUUUCAAUUCUUGACGAAGAGGAAAUAUUUGAAAAGGGAACUCCAUUUUCUAAUAAGGAGCUUGAAUCAAUUUGUAAAUAUGUGAAUAUAUUUUGCUUCCGUGCCAUCUGGAGUGGUGCUGUUGACGAAGCAACUGUAAACAGUACUGGUCUCUUUCAUAGUAUGCAUUCACUGCUCACAGUUCUCUAUGAAAGAGAUAGUCGAAGAUCGUUCACCAAUGAUCCCAAGUUUUGGCUAAUUUCAGAAGUGAAAUCAUCGUCGUUGACUAUUGAAUACGAAAAGAAAUCUGGAAAAGGAGUGUUGAUGAUGCGAAAAAUGGCACAUUUAGUUCCAAUCAAAGAUCGAAUGCUUCUAUUCCGACGUCAAGUUCAAGAUGAUAAAAAUCGAGUGGCAACAAUACAAGGAGAUUCGCAACCUCAAACAUGGAUUACUGUACAGAGAAAUCGAAUAAUCGAAGACGGAUUCCAUCAUUUAUCGAAAGUAUCGUUAAACCAGUUGAAAUCCACGAUCCGUGUCAAAUUUGUCAACGAGCAAGGCCUGGAUGAGGCUGGAAUCGAUCAAGACGGAGUGUUCAAGGAAUUCCUCGAAUUGACUCUCAAAAAAGUAUUUGAUCCACAGAUGAAUCUUUUUUCUACAACUUCCACGGGAGUUUUGUAUCCGUCCCCCACUUCAUCUCUCCAUGAUGAUCAUCUUGCUCUAUUCACAUUCGUUGGGAGAAUGCUCGGAAAAGCAGUUUACGAAGGGAUUGUCGUGGAUGUGACACUGGCUCCAGUUCUUCUCGCAGCCGUUCUCGGAAAUCAUCGAUUAUGUGCAUUUGAUGAAUUGAGUCAACUUGAUCAGGAACUAUAUCGAAGCUUAACUUUUGUGAAAAGAUAUGAAGGAGACAUGGCGGACCUUUCACUGACAUUUUCGGUUGAUGAGGAUUUUAUGGAUAAAAUCUCGACAGUUGACUUGGUCCUUAGCGGAAGAACAAUUCCUGUUACGAAUGAAAACAAAAUUGAUUACGUUCAUCGAAUGGCUCAUCAUCGUGUAUUUCGUAGAACUCAGGAACAAUGUAAAGCAUUUGUUAGUGGGAUGCAAUCAAUUCUUCAACCAUCAUGGCUUUCACUGUUUGCACCGAAUGACUUACAAUGCUUGAUCAGUGGAGUCAACUCAGACGUCGAUCUAUCAGAUUUGAAACGCAAUGUACAAUAUUUUGGCGGAUUCCAUGGAAACCAUCGAUUGAUCAAGUGGCUCUGGGAUAUUCUUGAAAACAAAUUCACUUCCGAAGAACGGAAACUAUUUUUGAAAUUUGUCACAUCCUGCUCUCGUCCACCAGUUCUCGGUUUUUCGUACCUAGAACCACCGUUUUCAAUCCGAUGUGUUGAAGUCUCGGAUGAUCAGGAUCAAGGUGAUACACUUGGAAGCGUUGUUCGAGGCUUUCUGGCAUUGAGAAAAGGAACCGCUGCUACUCGUCUACCCACUGCGUCUACUUGUUUCAAUUUGCUGAAGUUACCCAACUAUAAUAAAAAAUCGCUGUUACUCGAGAAGCUUCGAUAUGCAAUUCAUGCAGGAACAGGUUUCGAAUUGUCCUAA